AAAAACAAAUUCAUUAUUUCUAAUAGAAUGAUUAUCAUGAUCUAUUAUUCUUUCCAAGCAAAACAAAAACGAACUUUAUUUAUUUGUAUUAAUGAUUUAUUAAUUACGUACGAUGACUUACAUUUCAACUCUACUAAAUUCUUUUUUUGAAGUCCACUAAUUCAAAUAUAAGAUAUAAAGAUAGUUGAAAAAGAAACAUAUAUCAACAGUUAUUCUAUGAUAAAUUAAGUAAUAAAGAAAACCAAAAAGAAAACACCUCAGUGUCAAAAGAAGAAAUCUGAAACAAGUCAAAAUUUGGAACGAUGUUAACUUUGCAAAAAUUUAAAUGAACUUUUCACUUUUUUCUCUCUUAUUUUAUCCUCUCUCCUUUCUCUCUUGAUUUCAGUCCAUCCAUUACGUGGGAGUUCUAUUGAUAUUCAUCCGAAUGCUCGAUGGCAACAAAAUGGUAUCACUGUAGCUGGAGGAAAUCAACAAAGCAAUGGAAUCAAUCAACUCAUAAACCCAUUGGGUUUGUAUGUUGAUGAUGAUCAAACAAUCUAUGUUGCUGAAUGGUCGAAUCAUCGUAUUGUGGAAUGGAAACGAGAUGCAACGAGUGGCCAAGUGGUUGCCGGUGGAAAUGAACAAGGAAGUGGAGAUCAUCAAUUGUCUUACCCAGAAGAUCUGAUUAUCGACAAAGAGAGAGAUAGUCUCAUCAUAUGCGAUCGUUCGAAUAGAAGAUUGGUUCGAUGGCCUCGUCGAAAUGGGACAAGUGGAGAAACAAUCAUCUCCAACAUCGAUUGUGUAGGUUUGACAAUGGACGAAAAUGGAUCUCUCUAUGUCACUGACUUUGGAAAAAAUGAAGUAAGACGAUAUCGAAGAGGAGAAUCUCAAGGAACAGUGGUUGCAGGUGGCAAUGGAUAUGGAAAUCGUCUCGAUCAACUCUUUUACCCACGAUACGUAUUCGUCGAUCGAGAUCAUUCAGUGUACGUAUCUGAUUGGGGAAAUCAUCGUGUGAUGAAAUGGAUGGAAGGUGCAAAACAAGGCAUUGUCGUGGCUGGUGGUCAAGGACAAGGAAAUGGUCUUACACAAUUGUCAUCUCCUCAAGGAGUCGUUGUCGAUCAGUUGGGCACUGUCUAUGUGGCUGAUCGAUGGAAUGAUCGAAUCAUGCGUUGGCCUAAAGGAGCCACACAGGGAAGUGUCAUUGUUGGUGGAAACGGAAAACCAUUAUUAGUUAUGGACAAUUUCGUUUUUAAAUUGAAUAAAACAACAAAUACAAAAAAAUAUUAUCGAAGUGAAAAUCCUCAAUAUACUAUGACUUUACAUACAGAUAUAAAUGAUGUUCUAAUAGGAACUAAAGGUGAUCAUAGUCAUCCACCUGAACCUGAAUAG